ACGCACGCUCAGCUCCGCCCCGUGAGGCCCGCAAAUCCCGAGGCGGCGAGGCUCGGGUUGUCUGGGCUCCGGGAGGUGAUGCCCCGGAAGGCAGGGAACGUGGAAGAGGCUGAGGCAGGUGCGGAGGAGGUGGGCGCCGAGGAGGUGGGCCCGGAAGAGUACGGCGGGGAGGAGUCGGGCGCCGAGGAGUCCGGCCCGGAAGAGUCUGACCCCGAGGAGCCGGGCGCCGAGGAGGAGAUGGAGGCCGGGCAGCCGCGGCCGGUGCUGCGCUCAGUGAACUCCUGUGAGCCGUCGCAGGUCAUCUUCUGCAACCGCAGCCCGCGCGUCGUGCUGCCGGUGUGGCUCAACUUCGACGGCGAGCCGCAGCCCUACCCGACGCUGCCGCCCGGCACGGGCCGCCGCAUCCACAGCUACCGAGGUCACCUUUGGCUCUUCCGAGAUGCAGGGACAUAUGAUGGGCUUCUGGUUAACCAGACUGAGCUGUUUGUGCCAUCUCUCAAUGUUGAUGGACAGCCUAUUUUUGCCAACAUCACACUGCCAGUAUAUACUCUGAAAGAGCGGUGCCUCCAGGUUGUCCGAAGCCUAGUCAAGCCUGAGAAUUACAGGAGACUGGACAUCGUGAGAUCACUCUAUGAAGAUCUGGAAGACCACCCGAAUGUAAGGAAAGACCUGGAGCGGCUGACACAGGAGCAUAUUGAAAAUCAACGGCUGGAAGGGGAGACUGAGGAUUUUAAUUGAAAUUUGCACUCCUGAGUCUGAGCCUUUGAUGGUACUGACUAGUCUUGAUCUACGCUUAGGACUGGUCACUUAUUCUCAGAUUCAAGGUGUCUCAUUCUCAGAUAAAAAAUCCUCCAUUGCUUAAAGGAAAGUUAACUGACUUCACUAGCCAUUGUGAUGUUUAGGGGCAAAUAUCACAAAAUGCAAUUUAAUGCCUGCCCCCUUCUAGAAGUAUUCAUUGGGUAGUUG